AUGGCUGCCGCAUUCAAGCGCUUCGUGCCCUUGGCCGACCGCAUUCUGGUGCAGAAGCUGAAGGCCGAUCUCAAGUCAGCUGGCGGGAUUUUGUUGCCGGACUCUGCCAAGCAGGAGGUCAACCAGGGCAAGGUCUUGGCGGUUGGCCCUGGCCGCAGGAGCCCCAAGGGGGAAAUCCUGCCGAUGGGCACAAAGGUCGGCGACACCGUCAUCAUCCCAAGGUAUGGUGGCACCGAAGUGAAGCUCGAGGACGAGGAGUACGUCAUCUACAGGGACGAGGACAUCGUCGGCGUCAUCAGUGACGAGUGA